UGGUGUCGUAAAUAGACGCGACACGGGAUAACAUGUAUCUUUUCUAAAUUAGUCGAGUUUAUGUCCAGACGUAAAAUUCGCAACUAGCGUCAGUGGGUCUUAUUACAAACGAUGCCUUUCGAAUGUCACGUAUAGUUCAGGGCAUGGUGGAACAGUAUGCACCGUCAUCGUGUCUAGUCCUAGUGGAGAGUAGUGGCUUAAUGGUAAGAGUCGAACCUCAAUGCCUGCUGCAGAAUAAGGAUAAAGCGCUAUGUAAUCAACAUCCUUGUUGGAUUAUAUAGGCGCCAUUUUGUGAUGUUACAUGACUAUUUGGCAAUGCAGCAAAGGUAAUAGUGUAACGUUUUUGUUUCCCUACUGGAAAAUCCAACUAAUACCCAGCUCAGCCAAGCUGGUCCACCAGCUCAGCCAGGUCCCCACCAGCUCGGCCAAGCUGGUCAACCAGCUUUGACCAGCUCAUAGCCAGCUUGAGCUGGAUUUUCCAGUAGGGUUACACGUGUGAUAAUGUAGAAUGCUUUUUAAUAUGUAUAUGACCGUGGUCUUAAUAUAUGUCUUAUUUUUCAGGUAAUGGAAGACGAAGACAAAAUCACAGUUACUUUAACAAUUUUACACAGAGUGCUUGCAACUGUCUUAAUAGACGGAAAGGAGACAUGGAGAAAACUGUUCACAGUCGGAAGUGUUGAAGAACUGAUCAACUCAGUCAAAACUGAGUUGUCUCAACAAGUAUCUGUUGAUCGAAUAUUGAGAUUUGACACAGAUUUUCAAGAAUUCAUUGACACUGAUUUGAAUACAGAACUAAGGGAGUUUGACAAAUUACAAAUAUAUUAUAUUACAAAUAUCACCCAGGCUCCAUUAGAAAGAAGUGUUCAACCAUUACCGGUAAACCAUUAUUGUCUUUUUUUAAAUAAGUAGUCAAAGUAAACAUUGACUUUUUAAUGUUUUGUCAUUUUAUAGUGUCAUUCAACAGAUGCAACCACGACUGGCCAGCUGGCACUGCUCGAGGAAAAGGCCCCUACAGUCCUGAGAGAACAUGAAGAGACAAAGAUGUUGUCCAUUUCAUCAAGAAAGUUACUUGUAAAAGUUGCUGUUAGUGACCUUGUAGAGAAACAUGGAUUCUAUCCAUCUGGUAAGGAAAAGCUGGCACUAGCAAAGGAGAUUGUGCUGUUGUUCCCCUCAUUAAGGAUUUCGGUUCCAUUUGGUCAAAAUGAGGGACAUGAGCAUUUCUUUGAUGGGCCAUCACACAGUGGAUUUAUAGAAAUGAGACUACAGAACAUCAGGGCGGAAGCUUCAACAGAGCCAACGGACCUACAGUUUGAAACGUCGCCAUUGUAAACUGCAACCUUCUUCACCAAGUCUAGAAGAAACAGUGCCAAGUGAGUGGUUGACCCUGAUAAAGAGGAUGCGACCAUCAACAGAGAAUUCAUCAUCAAUAAAGAAUGCAAUUGACCAAACCUUCAGUUAUCGAAGAAAAUGGAUAAUGACAAAAUCGCCAACCGUUAGAGAAAUCUUCAAGGAAUAUCCAAGAUUUCUGGACAUGCCAUCCUUGAUGGAUAUUGAGUUUUCCAAGCUUACAGAUGGGAAAGAAGACAUGUUUAUCAGGAAAUGGGAGGGAACCAUUAUUCCAAAACUCAAGGAAAUAGCAUUGUUGGAGAAGAAAAUGGACAUCAGACAAUUAUUGGAGAAAGCUGACAGUCAAGAUGAUGAUGAGCUGUGUUAUACCAUGUUGAAGGUCCUCAUUCAUCUUCUUCCACCCAUGCCAUCUGGGAGAAGUGCUGCCGGCAGUAAAUGCUGUGUGAAUUCCGCUGUCUCAUACCUGUUGGAGUUUGUGCCGGCUGGUACCAGCGUGAUCUCUUUGCUUACUGAAUCGAUGAAAGGGUCUCUGAAGUCAGGUCAGCCACAGUUGGUUUCCAUCGGUUCUCUCGGACAUGGAGCCCAGUAUGUAAUUGUGGCAAAGAAUGAUUCUUUUGCCCUUCCACUUGAUGUUGACAAUCUCACUUGUGCUGUAGACAGACUUUUCAAAUUCUACUGGCUGUGCAAUCUUCAGUAUCCCUGCCAACUGUCUUCAGUUUUUUCAUUUUUUUAACAUGUAUAUGACCUACCCUUGUCCCAGUCCUCUUGCAAACGAUCAAAGGUUAUGGAAUUGAUUGCGAAAUUGCAGUCUCAUGUCUAAUUGAAACAAGCAUGUAUACCUGUCCAAAGUGUUUUUAAAAAAUCUCUCUUGAAACAAGGUGUUUGAAACUAAUUUGUUGGAAAUAUGUUGUCUGUCUUUGAGCAGGUUUUAAUGUUAAAUUGGUAAGGUUAGCAGGUGAACACCAGGUCAGUACAUGAACUAUACGUGUUAUUUAUCUCGUUUACAAAUGUUCAUUUUAAGUAUUUUUCUAAAUGUGAAAUAAGACGUUGGUAUGUAGGCUGAGAAUUGUUUUUUGCAAUUUACAUUUUGGAAACCAUUUCAGGCAUUGUUCAUUCAACAGUGUUUAACGUGCUGUAUUAAGAUUCAAUGAAUUAUUUUAUAAAAUGCAUGUAAUGUAAUUUAUGUUUAAAGUGCUUGUUUAAUACUGUAAACAAUUCAUACGUAUUUUAACGUAUUUCAAAUAUUUGUUAAAAAAGAACAAAUAAAUAGUA